AUGUUACUUUCAAGAUACGCAAUCCUCUCAUGGCUCGCCUCAGUGGCGGUGGCUGCCCCGAAUCCCCCAGCAGCAGCACCUGCUCAGUGCGAGCCCAAGACCGAGACCAUCGUACACACAGUUCAUGUACCGACAACAGUCCACGAGGUCAAGACGGAGACCGUACAAGUCACGGUGCCGGGAGAGAAGGAAGUUGUUCAUGUCACAGUCCCUACCACAAUACAUGAAGUCAAGACCGAGGUCAAGCACCUGACCCAGACGGAAGUCAAACACGAAAUCAAGACGGAAGUCAAGCAUGUAACCGUCACAGCACCGCCCGAGACGAAGACCGAAGUCAAGCACGAGGUCAAAACUGAGGUGAAGCACGUCACUAUCACCGCUCCUCCGCAGGUAGUCAAGGAGACGAUCACCAAGAAGGAGGAGGUCAAGGUCACUGUUCCGGUACACGUCACACAGACAGUCCCAGUACAUAUCACGAAGACGGAGGUUAAGACAGCCAUUUAUACCGUCGUUCAGACCGCUCCGCCAGUGGUCCACACCGUGGUCGAGACGAAGAAGGAAGAGGUCAAGGUCACGGUCCCAGUACACGUCACGCAGACGGUUCCAGUUCACAUCACCCAAACCGAAACGGCGGUACACACUGUUGUCCAGACUGCGCCUCCCGUUGUCCAUACCGUUGUCGAGACCAAGAAGGAGGAAGUAAAAGUCACGGUGCCGGUACACAUCACACAGACCGAAACCGCCAUCCACACGGUUGUCCAAACGGCGCCUCCCAUUGUUCACACCGUCACUUCCGAGCGCAUCGUCUCUGCGCCUCCCGUCACUCAACAUGUUACCAAGGAGGUUCCUGUUGAGAAGAUUAUCACGCAUGUGACCACCGUCGUCCAGACUCUGCCGCCUGUCGUUCACACGGUGGUUCAAACCGCACCUCCUCUCGUCCACACAAUCACCCAGGUGGCCACUGAGACCCUCCACAUUACCCUACCCCCUCAAGUCGUCACCUCCGAACGGGUUGUCUCCGCGCCUCCCGUCACUCACGAAAUCACGAAGGAGGUUCCCGUGGAAAAGAUCAUCACCCACACUUUGCCACCCGUUGUUCACACGGUAGUGCAAACUGCUCCGCCCGUCGUCCACACAGUUGUCGAGACUGCUCCUCCUCUGGUCCACACCGUCGUCCAGACCGCUCCUCCUCUCGUCCAUACAAUCACCCACGCGGUCACCGAGACAGUCCACGUCACUCUGCCCCCCCAAGUUGUUACCUCCGAGCGAGUUGUCUCUGCUCCUCCCGCUCCUCCCGUGACCCACGAAGUCACCAAGGAGCUGCCGGUUCACGUUACCCAGGUCGUGACCAAGGAGCUCCCAAUCGAGAAGAUCAUCACCCACGUCGCCACAGUCGUCCAGACUCAGCACGCAGUCCAAACCGUCACUCUCCCUCCUCACGUGGUAAAGGAGACCGAGACGGUACACGUCACCCUUCCUCCCCAUGUGGUCAAGGAAACCGUCCACGUAACUCUUCCUCCCCACGUCGUCAAGGAAACAGUGCACGUCACCCUGCCUCCUCACGAGGUCAAGGAGACCGUGACGCUCCCGCCGCACACCGUUCACCAGGUUGUCCACGUCACGCAAGUAAUCAGCCACUGCGCGACAACCGUGACAGCCUCAGCCGGCCACCUUGCCUCCCCUCCUCCGGCGGCCCACCCCAUGCCGCCCCCCGCUCAUGAAGCCGCGCCGCCGGCACAUACUAUGGCACCUCCCCCGGUGCAGCAUACCCCGCCACCGGCGGUGCACACCAUGGCCCCUCCGGCCCAGCACACUCCUCCCGCAGCGGCACAUCCCGCGCCAUCUGCGCCGCCGGCUCACCAGAUGCCCCCGGCUCACGUUGCUCCCCCAGCCGAGGCCAUGCCCGCCCACCCUCCGGCCGAGACACCGGCUGCCCCUCCCGCUCACCAAGCGCCGGCGACUCCUCCCGUACAUGAGGCUCCCGCAGCUGGGAAGCCCGCUGAGAAGCCUGAGGAAAAGCCUGAGGAAAAGCCCGCCGAAAAGCCAGCGGAGACCGAGAAGCCCGCCGAGAAGCCUGCUGAACCUGCAAAGCCAAUGAUGAGAUUCAUGAGGCGUAGGAUUUAA